CUGGUGCAAAGGGGAAUGGCCGUAUUUAUGUUGAACAUCUGCAAAUUUAAUGAUUGUGGCCUUACUUUUCAGAAUUUAGGAGAUUUAAUACAACACAUAGAAGAUAAUCACAUCGACUACGAUCCCCAGGUUAUCGAAGAGAAAGAACAAGAACAACCCUCAUGCCUACCUUUGAGCUAUGUGCUUCGGUUUUUCACCGAUGCGGCCCGAAAAGAAGUUUUAAGUCUAAAGCCAAAAUUAAAAUCAAUUGUGGAGAAACCAGCUACUCAACUGCCAGUUCAUACACCAACUCCGAAUGGAAACGAAGCUGAUGAAGAUGUAUUUAGUGAAUCAGAAGAUAGUAAUGAUUCAUGGAGUACUCAAGAAGAAUUUAGUUCAGAAUUUAUUUUAAAAUAUGGAAGCAAGAUGGUUAGUCCAACUACACUGCCUGACGGAACUGUGAUUGAGAAGCCUUUUGCAUGCCCUGUUCCUGGAUGUAAAAAACGAUAUAAAAAUGUGAAUGGUAUUAAAUACCAUUCGAAAAAUGGCCAUAAAAAUGAAGGAAAAAUACGUAAAGGCUUUAAGUGUUAUUGUGGAAAAAGCUACAAGACCAAUGGAGGAUUGAAAAAUCACACAGCUUUAAUGCACAGCGGUACAACAAUGACUACCAUAGCCACUCAAAAUGGUACGCCACAAGUAUUGCAGAUCCCAACUUUGCAGCCUAUUCGAACACUAACACUAAAACAUAUAGCAAGUUUAGGAUUACCAGUGAAAACCCUAGUCGUCGCUACUAAGUCACAAGACAAAACAGCAAAAACAACUAGCAGUUUAGGAGUUUUAACUCCUGCAACAUCACCAGAUUCACCAGAGAAGCCACCUGAGAUAGUUUUAUCUGAUAACUAAUUUGUCAGAGAACUCAAUGUCAAAUGCCACAAAGACCUAUUGUAAUAGAUUCCUAUGUAGAUUAACCUACAAAAAAUAAUGGUGCUUUUGUUAGAGAUGUUAUUUUUCCUUCAUUUGUGGUUACACAAAGAAUUGUUGACCUUUUUUAAAAACUUUAUUAGUAAUAAGCUGUUAAUUGAUAAUGGUUUAUAUUUAUAGUUAUCAUGAAUGAAGGAAAUCAAACACUUUAUAUCCAAGGUGUUUAGUUCUGCUGUUUUAUUUAGUAAUGUUUUUAGUUAAAAUUUUGUUUAGACCAAAAUGAUAUUCCUUUUGGUGGAUCAAAGAGAUUUUUAGUAAUUUAUUUUAGUCUAGUCAUGUUUAGUUAUAUUUAUUUGUUGACAUCAUUCUGUUAUCCCUAAGGUGAAGUCAAUUUAACUAGUCAGUCUUUAGAAGUUUGGUGCAUACAAAGUUGCUCAAUAUAAUUUUAAAGCAAUUUGGGUUUUGCACUCAUUGUACAUAUGUAUCUAAGAAAACAAGUAUUAGGAAGAUUGCUUUCAAUCUGGAUGUAUAUUUAAAUGUAACUAAUUAGUUACGACUUUGUUGUCUAAUGAUAUUCCGUAAAGGAGUUAAGGGUACUGGUUGCAUUCUGUCAACAUAAAGUGAUUUUAAUAUUUAACAGAUGAAAGUUUAAUGAAAUAACAUAUUUAUAUUUGUUUUCUUUUUUCUAAUUAUAAAACCGCACAAGUUUUAUAUAAAAAAAAACAAUCUUAUCAAAAAUCAAGGUGAUAAUAAUUUUUAUAUUUUAGAUAUAUUUUAUAAAACUACCCAUUAUACAUCAUAUUAAAGCAUGUGUGGUUUUAUAUUUGAAACGUAUGAUUUAUUCUGGUCAAGAAAUUAUAUUUACUAAAAUUUUUGAUAUGUGAUAAUGUAUUUUGGUUAUCCUAUUGUUUU